UCUCCUGGCUUUCCAGGCUUGCCUGGUCUCCUCCUUACGUCAUCAGGCUCUUCCUCUCCUGGCCUUCCAGGCUUGCCUGGUCUCCUCCUUACGUCAUCAGGCUCUUCCUGUCCUGGCCUUCCAGGCUUGCCUGGUCUCCUCCUUACGUCAUCAAGCUCUUCCUCUCCUGGCUUUCCGGGCUUGCCUGGUCUCCUCCUUAUGUCAUCAGGCUCUUCCUCUCCUGGCCUUCCGGGCUUGCCUGGUCUCCUCCUUACGUCAUCAGGCUCUUCCUCUCCUGGCCUUCCAGGCUUGCCUGGUCUCCUCCUACGUCAUCAGGCUCUUCCUCUCCUGGCCUUCCAGGCUUGCCUGGUCUCCUCCUUACGUCAUCAGGCUCUUCCUCUCCUGGCCUUCCAGGCUUGCCUGGUCUCCUCUUCACAUCAUCAGGCUCUUCCUCUCCUGGCCUUCCAGGCUUGCCUGGUCUCCUCCUUACGUCAUCAGGCUCUUCCUCUCCUGGCCUUCCAGGCUUGCCUGGUCUCCUCCUUACAUCAUCAGGCUCUUCUUCUCCUGGCCUUCCAGGCUUGCCUGGUCUCCUCCUUACAUCAUCAGGCUCUUCUUCUCCUGGCCUUCCGGGCUUGCCUGGUCUCCUCUUCACAUCAUCAGGCUCUUCCUCUCCUGGCCUUCCGGGCUUGCCUGGUCUCCUCCUUACAUCAUCAGGCUCUUCCUCUCCUGGCCUUCCAGGCUUGCCUGGUCUCCUCCUUACGUCAUCAGGCUCUUCCUCUCCUGGCCUUCCGGGCUUGCCUGGUCUCCUCCUUACGUCAUCAGGCUCUUCCUCUCCUGGCCUUCCAGGCUUACCUGGUCUCCUCCUUACGUCAUCAGGCUCUUCCUCUCCUGGCCUUCCAGGCUUGCCUGGUCUCCUCCUUACGUCAUCAGGCUCUUCCUCUCCUGGCCUUCCGGGCUUGCCUGGCCUCCUCUUUACGUCAUCAGGCUCUUCCUCUCCUGGCCUUCCGGGCUUGCCUGGUCUCCUCCUUACGUCAUCAGGCUCUUCCUCUCCUGGCCUUCCGGGCUGGCCUGGUCUCCUCCUUACGUCAUCAGGCUCUUCCUCUCCUGGCCUUCCAGGCUUGCCUGGUCUCCUCCUUACGUCAUCAGGCUCUUCCUCUCCUGGCCUUCCGGGCUUGCCUGGUCUCCUCCUUACGUCAUCAGGCUCUUCCUCUCCUGGCCUUCCGGGCUUGCCUGGUCUCCUCCUUACGUCAUCAGGCUCUUCCUCUCCUGGCCUUCCAGGCUUGCCUGGUCUCCUCCUUACGUCAUCAGGCUCUUCUUCUCCUGGCCUUCCGGGCUUGCCUGGUCUCCUCCUUACGUCCUCAGGCUCUUCCUCUCCUGGCCUUCCGGGCUUGCCUGGCUUCCUCUUAGAAGGCUCUUCUUCGCCUGGCCGACCAGGCUUACCAGGUUUUCCCCUUACAUCCUCAGGCUCUUCC